ACAAGGUGAAGAGAGUGAGAGACAAAGGGUGUGAGGGACACAGAGAGAAGGUGGAAUACAAAGAGGGUAGUAAAGAAACGCGGGGAGAAAACAAAGGCACAAAAAAGAAAGCACUGGAGCCAACUAGAAGGAGUUAUCGUUGGAGAAAGGGGCUCUCAAGACACAGACAAUUGACUGCAUUUCAGAAGGAGUAGAAACAUUUCAGGGAUCAAGAAUGUUCCUGGCAGGUUUGUUUGGCUGGAACGACACAGAAGGAACAGCAAUGAAGUUGGUUCCUAAAAGUAGCUCUGAGCUGGUCACAGAGACAUUGAUGCUGGAGCUGGGAUCUCAUAUCAAAAGAUCAGAAAGGCAGCAGCGAGAACGGCUCAUUGAGUACCGAAGAGUAAAGAGUGGGGUGGACUACACAUGGCUUGCUUCCAUCCCUCGCCAGGCCUAUCAGAUCAGCCCAGGGGACCAACUGGACCUAAGGGAUAUUUGCUCCAAAAUAACUCCAUCUCAGUGUGGUCAAGUCAUUCUCAGGUUCCGAAGGCUAAUGCUGGAAUUUGAACCAGAGGGAGCAGAGAUCCCACGCCUUUUCCGUUCAGUCCUACAGGACUUUGUAGAUCAGGAGGAGCAGCGUAAAAUGCAGCAAGAUGUGCGUUGGGAUAAGCGGAGGAGAGCCAAGAGUCUGGCAACCUUUAGCUUUAAGCCCCCACGUCUACGGAUCAACCCUUUUCAAUUGGAGGAAACAUAUGGGUCAGACACAGAGACUGAGUUAGCUGCAUCUGGGAGGGCAAGGAGUAAAAGUAUGCCUGAGUUCUGCACUACAAGAGAAGUGUAAUGAGCAAGCCUUCUAGGUAAAAAGGCGAAUUUAGGUGAAGUCUACGGAUGUUUCUCUACAAUUGUAUUUGCCUAAUGCAUUGUGCUUACUAUUUGUUAUACAAUCCAGUCGAUCCAUGAUAUUCAUUUGAAGGGCCCAAAUAUUUUACCGGCACAUACUAAAAAAAUCCCAGCGAAAUACAAGGCUGAUCAUAUGUCAGCUUUUAAUGAGCGGCCUUAAGGUGCCCAUACACUGAGAGAUCCGCUCGUUUGGCAAUGUCGCCAAACGAGCGGAUCUCCCUCCGAUAUGC